AUGAUUGGAAAACUCGGGAGGAAGCACAAAGUUUUCCUUCUUAUGUACUUUAUCCUUUACCACAUUGAUGCACUUCUGCACAUGAGUGGACGUCACGAAAAUUACGAAAAAAAAAAAAAAAAACUUAGUGUGAACUUGAAAGAUAAGCAUAAAAUUACUAUGGGAAAAAAAAAAGGAAACCGAUUAAAUUCGAGACAACAAAAAUAUAGAAAAAAAAUUCACUUUCCAUUGACAAGUUUCCUAUAUAUCGAGAGGGGGAGAAAAAAUAAUCGAACUCCUGCUAAGAGCAAAGCAAUCCCAUUGGAUGUCAGAGGAAAUUAUUUCUUACGCCCCAUAGGGAAGUUUCUUUCUAUGAAAAUUUUUUUUUUUUCCCAACUGAAAAAGCACGAUGGGAGAAGAAUAAAAUGGCAUUAUUACGCAGGUGGAGUGGGAGAAAAAAAGCAUGAAUUUAGAACGAAGCUUACUAUGGACAAGACCGGAGAGGAAAAAAGGAAUGGUGAAAAAAGUGUAAACACGGAACGUGCAAAUGGUGAGAGGACAAAAAGGGAGAGGCUCAUCGAGCAUAUGGAGAAAGGACUCCUAGCAAUUGAGUACAUAGACGAAAACAACGAGAGCAGUGAUGUUUUGCUAAAAGUGCAUAUAAAGAGUAAGCUAAGAGAAUACUACUAUGACUUGUGUGUAAAAGAAUACAGAGAAAGUAAACUGAAGGAAAAUAAAUAUGAAUAUUGUUACUUGAAGGAUGUUCCAAUUAACAAUUUAAUUAAUUACAUUAAGAAAGAUGAUUACUUGAAUAUUUUUUUAAAACAUGUAAAUGAAGAUGUUAUAAAGGUUUAUAAGAAAAUGAAGAAUUUACAUUUAAUAGGUUCACCAAGAUUGAUGAACAACAUUGAUCAUAUGACCAUUAGCAAAUUUAAUGAUGUCCACUUCAUUUUUUCUAUUGAUAAGUUCCCUAAAAUUAAAUUUAAUAAAUCAUAUAUCCAUUUACAUAUGAAUGUUGAAAUACCUCCAUAUGAAAAAGGUAGUACCUUCAAAGAAUUUUUAAAAAUUAUCAAGAAUGAAAAAGAAAAUGAAAUUAGCAUAGAUUCUGAUGAAAAUCAUAAAGUAGAAUGGAAUAAUGAUGUUCAUAUAAACAUAUUAAGGGGAUGGGUAUACAGUUCCAAUAAUGAAUAUUAUAAUACCAUUUGUCAUGUUCAGGCAGAUGUACCACAUAAAUGUGGACAAGAAGCAGAAGAUGUCAAAUCAGCAAUUUACAAGGAAGAAAAAAGUACAACAAAAGAACAAGUAAACACAGAAGAGUUUAAAAUAUUGGAUAAUCACAACAAAAUUAAUGAUCUAAUUGAUAUAGACAAAGAUGAAGAAAAUUUUAUUAAUAAUUCAGAAAAUUAUAAUGAAAAGAAUGAGAAAAAUAAUUCUUUUCAAAAUGAUGAAAAUUUUUUUAAUAAUACAAAUAAUAAGACUGACAAAGAGGAGUGGAAAUAUUACGACGAAUUUUUGAAAAAUUCCAAUUUUUCAAAAUAUUUUAAGGAAGGGUAUCAACUGCCAAAGGAUGUUAUAAACAUGAAUAAUGAAGUCAUAUCUGUAAAGGAAAAUUAUAACCCAUUAGGAUUUAAUGAGUCCCUCAUCGGUGUGUCGAAAAAUGAGAAAAAAAACAUAACAGCAUAUAUUCCAGUUAAUCUUUUUAAAAAAUAUUUUGACACACCUACAGUAGAAGUAUCACAAGAAAUAAAUCAGCAAAAUGUCCCCAAUUUUAAGGAAAUCAACAAGGAAAGUAUAAGCAAAUUCAGGGAAAUAAUAUACACAGAAAUUAAGAAGCUAAAAAAUGGUAGUUUCUUUCAGAAACUGGAAAACAUUCUUAAAAGUAAUCAAGACAAAUUUUUUGACAGUGAGUCACUUGAAAGUAAAUCCAAGAGCAACAUCCCUGAGGAUGACAGUCAAAGCAUAGAGCAGCAUGAUGAAAGAGAAGAAAAAAAUGAAGGAGGGAAAAGCGAUAAUAUCGAGAGAAGUAUCAAAAAUAAAACAGAGGAAAAGGAGGAGCUCACGUAUCACGACAUGCCCAAGGAAGAGGACAUCGAAUAUAUUUUAAACGAUAAUAAUGUUUUGUAUGAAGAGGAUGAAGUGGAUGAUAAAGUGGAGGGAGAGGAACGUGUGAAUGGAGGCAACAACGUGAAGGAAAGAGAGAAUGUCCAAGAAAAAGAGCAGACACAACAGCAGGGAGUAGUUCCGCUGAAGCAGAAUCAGAAAAAUGGAAAUGCAGUGGAUCAAAACGAAGAGGAAAUGUUCAACAAAAAUUUUGACAAAUAUCUGGAAGAACUACUAAAAGAUGAUAUCAAUGCCCUUGAUGAAAAACUGUACAGGGAAGAGACACAUGGAAAAGUGGAGGAUAUUGUGCGAAACGUGUGUGAUACAAGUGAAUAUGAGAAAGAUGAAAAUGGAAAAGUAGACACAGAUGAAGAUGGUGACGAAAUAAUGCUGAAUGAUUACAUACUUGGGAAGUGUGAUCUAAUUAAGUGUGUUUUGGAGGCAGAAAUAUUAGAUAUCAAAAUACGAAAAAAAAAAGAAGAUAAUAUAAAUGAUUAUAUAUUAAAAAAGUACAAUAAAACAGCGAAUGAACUAUAUAAUGAAAUUGAAGAGAAAGCUAUGAAAGACAUACAAAAUAAAUGUGUUGACCAAAGAAGAAUGGAAGCAUAUAAAAAAUUAAUGGAAAUAACUUCGUUAAAUGUACCUGUAACAUUAUUUCGCGCACAAGGGAAAAGGUUAUACAACAUUUAUUUAAAAAGAAAAAAAAUGAAAAGUAACGAAAAUGGAAAAAACGAAAAAAUAUUAGAUUUUGAAGAGUUUAUUACAAAAUCGAAAAAAGAAAUUUAUGAUCAAAUUAAAUUUUCUUUCAUUGUUAAAGCAAUAUUUCACAAUUCCAAAUUAAAAAUAAAUUUUGACCAUGUAAUAAAAGAUGUGUUAAAAACGCUAAUUAAAACACCUACAAAUAAUGUCCAUUCAUUAAUAAAAAAAAUUUAUACAACACAUCAGGCACAAUGUGUCCUCGAUUUUGUUUCUUUGAAUGCAAAUAUUUCUUUCAAGACUAAUCACAACUCAUCUGUGAACUUUUCCGUUACCAUGAAAAAGGGAUCUCACUACACAAAAGAAGAAUUUCUGAAUGAUAGCAAUGAAUUGGAUAGAACUAAAGCUGGCAUCCAAACAGGUGACCUGUCAUUAUCCCCAUCACAGAAUCCACCUGCUGGCAACGGAGAGGUGGACGAGAAAAAUGCCACAUGUGGGGAUAUAUUAAACCGUGUAGAUGAAAAGGAAAAACAGAAAAUUUUCAAUUUUACAGAAGAGUCAAAUUUUGUAAUUGAGAAAAAGAAGGAAAAUAAUGAACAUGUAAAACUGGAAUAUUUUACAUUUAAAAAGGGCGCAAAUUAUACCAAAUCUUUUGAAGAAAAAUACAAAAAAAAAUGA